CCUUUUGUUGAAUCCUACUCUCAAAGAAAGUGACCACAGUGAACCAGAACCAAGUGACCACCAGCUCCUCUCCCACAGCUCAGCUCAGAGCCAAGAUCUCAACGGAGGCCAGCAUGGAAACUCAAAAUCAAUUAGUAAUGCAGAGCAGGCAUCAGAAAAGGGACAUCAUGUCAUCACAAGAGCAAAAGGGAGCACAAGUCCCAGUAACCUUGCAUGUAGCACUACCAUGUCAAAGAUUGUGCCGAAUAUCUGCAAGAGUAAAAAGGUUCUCCAGUGUGACACAUGUGGAAAAGUCUUUAAGUGGAAGUCAGAAUUAAAUAGACAUCUGAAGGUGCACACAGAUGAGAGGCCACAUCUUUGCAAAACCUGUGGAAAGAGAUUUCGUUACAAGUCAUCACUAGAAAAACAUUUUAGGGUCCACACAGGGGAGAAAAUGUAUUCUUGCAAAUUGUGUGAAAAAAGUUUCACAUUAAGCACAAAUUUGAAGGUCCACGAGAGAACACACAUGGGCGAGAGACCUUUUUCUUGCAAAACUUGUGGGAGAAGUUUUAACCAGAGAUCUACCCUGCAGAGACACGAGAGAACGCACACGGGCGAGAGACCUUUUUCUUGCAAAACUUGUGGGGAAAGUUUUAGUGCGAGAAGUACCCUGCAGGUCCACGAGAGAACGCACACGGGCGAGAGACCUUUUUCUUGCAAAACUUGUGGGAGAAGUUUUAGCCAGAGAACAACCCUUCUGGAUCACGAGAGAACACACACUGGCGAGAGACGUUUUUCUUGCAAAACUUGUGGGAGAAGUUUUACAACUAAAAUGACCCUGCAGGUCCACGAGAGAACGCACACGGGUGAGAGACCUUUUUCUUGCAAAACUUGUGGGAGAAGUUUUAGCCAGAGAUCUACCCUGCAGAGACAUGAGAGAACGCACAAGGGCGAGAAAGCUUUUCUUGCCAAACUUGUGGGAAAAGUUUUACACUUGGAUGUAGCUUGAAAGUCCACAUGAGAAGCCAUAAAGGGAAGGAGUAUUAUCCAUGUACAACUUGUGGGGAAAGAUUUGUUAUCAAAUCACUUCUAACCAAACAUUUGAUGACCCACACAUAGCAAAACUGAU